AUGCAGUCGACCUGUCAGCAACAGCAGGCCCAGCCAGGUCAGAACGGCACGUCGGCGAACAGAACGUCGUUCCUGAUCGAGGACAUUCUUAAUCGGGGCACAGUGCCGCCGCAUUCCCACCAUCAGCUUCACCAUCAACAUCUGACGUCCAGCCACGGGAUUCAGCAUGAACAUUACCAGCAAUUCGCAAGUCUGUUGCCCGGUUAUCCGACGGCCCCGCCAACAGCGGCCUUCUUCUUGGGCCCACUUUUUGGUAACACCGCGAUGGGGGUCGGAGUUGUGCCGGGGGUCAGUGAACUUGCGGCCUUGAAGCACUGCCGUCGACGAAAAGCACGAACGGUAUUCAGCGAUCAACAAUUAGCGGGUUUGGAGGCGAGAUUCGAGGUGCAGAGGUACCUAAGCACGCCCGAAAGGGUCGAGCUUGCGGCGGCUCUUCACCUCUCGGAGACCCAAGUGAAAACGUGGUUCCAGAACCGGCGGAUGAAGCACAAGAAACAAUUGAGGAAAUUGAGCACAAGCGCGGGUAGCAACAGCAAUCAGAAUUCCAAUCAGCCGUGCACCGGCCAAUCCGUUUCCGUCACGUCGCCCGCCGAAAGACCCGUGGAUUUCUCGCUAACCGGUGGCCGGGAGUCACGAGCGAGCAGUGACGCUCCAGUCGACUCCGACUCCGACGAGAUCGACGUACUGGGCGACGAGACACCGUCGCCGACGCGGACGAGCAACAUGCACGUCUCGAGACGUGUUGGUUCGCCGACGAGUUUCCAUCAGAUGUCGCACUCCCAUCCAGUUACCUUACCCCAUCAGUCGCAACACGGACAAACGAUUCAACGUCAACACCGCUGA